AUGUCAAAAGAUAAAUAUCAAAAACAAGGAGAUGCUAUAUUCGCAAAACUAGAAAAAGUGAAUUCGGAGCUGUUAUCCUUGACAUAUGGAGCUUUGGUGAGUCAACUGCUAAAGGAUUUAGAACUUGUAGACGAAGUUAAUGAACAAUUGGAAAAAAUGGGAAACAAUAUAGGCAUACGAUUGAUUGAGGAAUUUUUAGCCAAAUCGGAUAUUUCUUUUUGCGAGGAUUUUGAGGAAACUGUGGAGGUUAUAGCAAAGGUAGCUUUCAAAAUGUUCCUAGGGAUUAGUGGAAAUGUGACUUGCGUAAAUAAAGAAAUGUACAUUUAUUCCAUAAAUUUUGAUCGAAACCCGUUAAGCGAUUUUGUAGAGUUACCAAAAUCCUUGUCAUCUUUGAAUUAUUGCAGUCUACUUUGUGGCGUUAUAAAAGGGGCACUCGAACAGAUCAGAAUAAAAGUAAACUGUUACUUUGUUAAGGACAUGCUAAAGGGAGAUGAUUCCUACGAAAUUUAUAUUCAACUCCUAGAGGUUAUGAAAGAAGAAAUUUUGAACGACGAAGAAUAG